AGGGAAGCGGCGGCGCCGGCGGUCGGCGGCGAUGGCGCCCUAGCGAGCCGGCAGUGGAGCUGCUGCGACGCCAACGGUGGCCGUGACACCGUUCUUCUGCCGUCUCGAUUCGAAGCUAGUCAUUCGCUAUUCCCCAGAUCCACGCGAGUGAGAUGGACACUGGAAUGGCAUGCCGCCGUAGCCCGCGCCUCCAUCCCCAGAUCCACGCGAGCGAGGAUGGCGCCAGAAUGACGGGCCACAUCCGGCGCCGCCGUGGCAAAUCGCUGGCACAGCCUGACUCCCUGCCGGAUGAUGACGAUAUGCUCAGGGAGAUCCUCCUCCGCCUCCCGCCGCAGCCCUCCUCCCUCCUGCGCGCCUCCGCCGUCUGCAAGCGCUGGCGAGGCCUCGUCACCGACCCCCGGUUCUUUAAUCAGUUCUAUGCACACCACCGGAAGCCGCCCCUCCUCGGCGUCUUCUUGCGGAGGAACCAGGGGCGGCGGGUCGUGUUCAACCCCAUCCUGGACCCUCCGGAUUGCAUACCUCCUCGGCGCUUUGACCUUGGACGCUGCAGGAGCCGUGAUGGUUAUGAGUUGCUCGAUUGCCGCCACGGUCUCGUCCUCAUCAAGAGCAGGUCGCAGACAGAGGUCGUUGUGUGGGAUCCCAUCACCAGCGAGCAGCGCCGCCUGGCCAUUACGCCGAAGUUCCAGAUGAGCGUCUUCAACGGGGCAGUGCUCUGCGCUGCCAGUGGCCAGGGCCACAUUCAUGGCAGCUGCCACUCGAGCCCAUUCAAGGUGGUGUUGAUGUCCGGGUACAAACAAUUUGAUCAACCCCUUGCCUGUGUUUACUCCUCGGAAACUGGCAUAUGGGGUAAUCUCAUCUUAACAGAGGUUCGUUGUGAGAUUUCUAGAAAACCUGCGAUCCUAGUCGGCAAUAGCCUUUACUGGUUGUGCAAGGGCGAUGACAUACUUGAGUUCGAUUUGGGUGAGCACAGCCUAAGUGUGAUCAGAGGACUUCCCGUUACAAAUGAUAUCCUCUUUAAAAACCGUCAAGUCAUCCGGGCUGAGCAUGGUGCUAUUGGCUACGCCAUAUUGUCAUAUCCUCACUUCCAAAUGUGGCAGAGGGAAGUCAAUGGUCAUGGUGGUGCCACAUGGGUGCCGUGGAAGACAAUUGAAAUGCAUAGUAUUCUUGAACUCCCUCCUCUGACUGAAGAAGUGGUGGCACUACUGCUGGGGUGCAGCCAUGGUGGACUGAAUGGAGCUGAAAUGUUGCACAUAGGAUGAAUAUCUGGUUUGAUGUGCUAAUGUGCUGUAAUAAUUCAACAGGGAUGGCUGCUGCAGUUCUCACCGAGUCCAUCGCAUUGCAUCAAUAUGGUCGGCAGUCUUUACAUGUUAUCUGAAGAAAAAAGCUUUCGUCGCGUAGUCUAGCUUAAUUUCUAGUGUAGCAGGAUGCUUUUCUUUUUAUUGUAGUUGCUCAUUGAGUACCUAAUCCAGGGAAUUUCAGCUUCCCCAAGUAUCAUUUCACGUCAGAUUUCGUUGUAUUAGAGUUCUAGCCCCGAGUACCAUUUGAACUUGUAUUUGUGACUUAAUUUCUAGUGUAGCAAGAUGCUCUUUUUUUAUUUGAAAAGUGUGCUAUCACCACCGGU